AUGUUGAGGACGCUUGCUACGCUAUUAUUGUUUACUGUUUUCAUUAAAUGUAUUGAAUCCAAAGAACCGAUUCGUUCGUAUGUAGCAGUAGAAAAUAAAACGCCUACCAAAGGUUUUAUACAUGAAAUGACAGUAUGUGAUUCACAAGAAAAGAAAGUAUUAUAUCGUAUAAAAACUUCAAGGAGUGAUAUCGAUACGAUUGUAUUAAUUGAUCACCAAACAAAAAAUAUUGUGGCUAAUCUUGAAGGUAUUUGGGGAGAUGGAACAUUUAAUGUUACUUUUUCUAUUUAUGAUUCUAAAUUAAACAAAUGGACGGAUGGAACUAUUAAAAGAAUCGCUCAUAUUGUUGAUGAUGAUUAUGCCAUUCAAUAUAAUAAUCACCAUUUGAAUACGGACAGAAAAUGGUAUUCGAAAAAAGUCAAAAUUCACUAUACCACGAACAAAGAAUACUUAGCUCGAUUUCGAAUUCGAACUCGAUGGUUCAAUUGGUCGCCAAUUAAAUAUGACAUACAAGUCUAUUCAAAUAAAAUACCUGAUGCUGUUUACCUUUUCUUAUUGACAAUAAUGGAACAUCGAGGGCUUUCAAAUGAAUAA